AUGAUUAAAGCUUGCCUUACCCCAAAAGAAUUAAUGCAACAUUUGAAAACUACCAAAGGAUUUAACCGACUUAUAGAUAAGGUAAAAAUCAUUUCCCUAGAAAACGGAAAUGGCUUAGCAGAAUUCACAAUCGAAGAGGAACACACAAAUUCAAUGGGCCAUUUGAAUACAGGAUGUGUCGCUCAUGUAUCGGAUAUGCUAUCGAGUUUUGCAGUUUCUACUCACAAACUCGGCAAUGCCAAUAACUUUCAUGUAUCUGUAAAUAUGAAUUUCGAAUUAUGUAAUCCUAAAGUCAAAAUUGGAGAUCAAGUUCAAGUCCAUACUAAACUCUUAAGUUGGUGUCAUACUUUGGCCUUUCUAGAAAUUCUUUGGAAGAACAAAAGUACUGGGGACAUUGUAGUUAAAGGACAUCACAAUAUGUUACGAAUGAAAUAA